AUGACGAGCCGGGACAGCGCUCGACAGGCGGUGGCAGAUUACAUUGAACGACCCGUUGCGCGCCUAUUCUCACGAUUGGGACUUACUCCUAACCUCGUUACCCUCAUCGGUCUGGCUAUCGCUGGAGCUGGCGCUUACGUCAUAGCGAUGGGAAACUGGUGGGGCGGAGGGCUCAUAGUCCUGUUCGCCGGGAUAUUCGACCUUUUCGACGGCGCUCUCGCCAGAGCGACAGGCAAGGUGUCGGACUUCGGCGCUCUCCUGGACUCCACAGUCGACCGGGUGUCUGAAGCCGUGGUCCUAUUGGGGUUGCUGGCCUACUAUCUGUCCGAGAACAAUGAUCUGGGCUCGAUACUAGUCUAUGUUGCUCUAGUGGGUUCGAUCAUGGUGAGCUACAUGCGGGCGAGGUCCGAGGGACUCGGAAUAGACUGCAAGGUCGGCGUGAUGACACGGCCUGAACGUGUCGCUGCCGUUGGGAUAGGGUUGAUUGUGGGACACUGGGUGCCUGUCGUGGUCCUUGUAGUCCUGGGGGUGAUUGGCGCGCUCACGACCGUUACGGCAAUCCACCGGCUGAUCCACACUUCCCGCAUGAUCGCAAAUGAAGACCGUGACGUUCAGUGA